AUGCUUUCCUUAGUUAGAAGAUUCGGUACCUCAAGAGUGGCAUUUGCAGCCACUGCCACUUCUGUCAACGCUGGUUCCCAAUUAUCUGCUGCCAAUGCUGCUCUUCUCGGUGAGGCCCGCAAUGACUGGACCAGAGAAGAAAUCAAGGCUAUUUACAAGACUCCUUUGAUGGACCUCUUGUUCAACGCUCACCUUCAACACAGAAAGCACCAUGACCCAACGGAGGUGCAAUUGUGUACUUUGCUCAACAUCAAGUCUGGAGGAUGUACUGAGGACUGUAAAUACUGCUCUCAGUCGUCCCGUUAUGACACUGGUACCAAGGCUGAGAAGAUGGUUGACUUGGAGACAGUCAAGGCAGCUGCCAUUAAGGCCAAGGAGAAUGGAUCUACCCGUUUCUGUAUGGGUGCAGCCUGGAGAGACAUGAACGGUAGAAAGUCCGGAUUGAAGAAAAUUGGUGAGAUGGUUAAGUACAUCAAUGACGAGUUGAACAUGGAGACCUGUGUCACCUUGGGAAUGGUCAACGAAGACCAAGCUAAGCAGCUUAAGGAGUCUGGUUUGACUGCUUACAACCACAACAUCGACACCUCCCCUGAGCACUACCCUAACGUCAUUUCCACCAGAAGCUACGAGGACCGUUUGCAAACCAUCAAGAAUGUUCAGAAGGCUGGUCUUAAAGCAUGCACUGGUGGUAUUUUGGGUCUUGGUGAGACUGAGGAUGACCACGUUGGUUUCCUUCACACCUUGGCUACCAUGGACACACACCCCGAGUCCUUGCCUAUUAACAGAUUGGUGCCUAUCAAGGGUACGCCCAUGGCCGAGGAGCUUUCCAACCUUCCUCGUGACUCCGAGAAAAAGCUUAAGUUCGACUCUAUCCUCCGUACCAUUGCUACUGCUAGACUUAUCAUGCCCGAGUCAAUUAUUCGUUUGGCUGCUGGACGUUACACCAUGAGAGAAAACGAGCAAUUCCUCUGUUUCAUGGCUGGCUGCAAUGCUAUAUUUACCGGUGAGCAGAUGUUGACCACUGCCUGCAACGGUUGGGAUGAGGACACCGCCAUGCUUGCUCGUUGGGGAUUGAAGCCAAUGAAGAGUUUCAGAAAGGGUGAGUCCCAGGCCCAAAUUGAGGCUCAAGCCCAAGGUUCAGCUCAAGCUUAA